AGUCGUAGUUAUCUCACAGAACUACAUUAAAUCGAGGUUUAAUAUACGCACUAGGUUUAGAGGAGCAUCAGACGCCGGACGCACUGUCACUCUCUCUCUCUCUCCCUCGGUCGCCGACCAACCAAGCAGCAGAUCUUUAGCACUGCUUUAAGUUCACUUUUAUUAAGUACUUGUGGUUGUCUGAAAGAUGUCGUACGCAGGGUCUAUAGGAAAGGAGUCGGACGUAUCAGGAGGAUGCAACAACUGUUGCCGCAGUAUUCCGUUUGCCUCGAUCUUCGCCACCAUUCUUGUCGUAGGUGGAGUGGUCGUCUUCAGCCUUUACCUUUAUGACGGCAUGCAGACAGUCAAGGUCAUCAUGUCCGACCACUUUCUCAUGUCGGCUGACACGAUACAAUGGGUGGAUCAGCUGAGGACUGGCCUGAUUGCUGUAGCAGCUGUGAUGGCGUUCUGCGCUCUGUUAAAGCUUCUGUUCGGUUUCAUGGUGACUGGUCGCACGCGGGAAGACUGCUGUAGGAGGGGCUGCCCCAACGCCUGUGGGAAAUUCAUGGGAGGCCUGUUCAUCCUCCUCACAUGGUUGUUCCAUAUCGUCUGGCUUGCUGUCACGUGCUGUGCUGCUGUCCUCCUAUUGGCUCAAAUGAUGAUGUCAAGCAUGUGUGAUCUUAGAGAACCAGGAAGCUGUUUAGAUCUCACAAAUUAUGGUAUUGAAACAGGCAGCUUCAACGGCACUACUUACAAAAUAUGUGACCAGGACACCAUACUUGCCUUCUGCGACGAUGUGGAUUACAUGUGGGUGCCGGGUAUUGGAAUCUUGGCAGGAGCUGCCGCCAUUGUUCUCGGAUUCUUGCACUACAUGGGAACAUUGACAGCUAAUUACGUCUACUUGAAGAAGGAAGAAUGGUUUGAGGAAAACUACAACCAAGAUAUGGCUAUGAUGCACAUGAAAGCAUAAACAAAUCAGCUGCCUUGACAAACUUAAACAUUUAACAGCAGACGACAGCAUGGCAUUUGAUCAUUUUUUGGAAAAUAUCGGGAUAAAAUAGCUACUUAAGAGAUGUGUAUUCCCACGUAUUUGAAUUGUCGUCAAAAUCGAAACUCUUUGGAUCUUGUAGUGGACGGAAUACCACGAAAUUGUUCGAAGAGGUCCGAAUGAGUUUCGACUGUGGAAUCAAAGAAAGUCCCAGAUUGUGUUGUCAAGAUUCGGGAAAUCUACUAAAAAUGAAUAUAAUAGAUUGCAAACUUUAGGCAAACGUCCUAGCAUCAUGAACCGAACCGAUGGCCACAAAGGCGUAUAGGAAAUGGAUUCGCAAUACUCUAUUCAUACAAAAUGCCAGAGUGAUGUUGUUGUGGUACUCGCAGUUUGGAUUGAAAUGUGAGGUUACCACUCCAAUAUGGCGUCCUAUAAUACUGCCUAGGGGCAAUGUACUUAAUAUGUAUAUUUAUGGAUUCUCUGUACCUCGUUUCAGCGUGUAUGAUCAAAUAUUGUGCAGCGUUUUAUGAUCGGAAUAUUUUGUCAAACAUAAGCCGAAACAUUGGCUUUGCAAUGUGGGAAACUCAUUCCAGUUCUAAUAAGUGACCUUAAAAACUCAUGCCAUUGGAAUAGUUCAUGUUACUUAUUGCAUUUAUCAUUCCAAAGUAAGAAUCUCAUACGUUUAUAGUUUACUGCCAUGGACUUUAUUCAUUCAGCUGUAUUUGAAAUUGAAACUUUUUGUACAGAAGGAAACGUGUCAGGUAGGCCUACACGUUACUUGUUUAUUCUUUGACUUUAGUGAUUCCGACUGGAAUAGAAUGCCAUACGCAAACUUUCACUGUACGACUUAAAACCCGAGUCAUCGUCUUUUAAUCAGCAAAAAGAUGGCAGGGAUUAUUGUAGAUUCCUUGUUGUAAAGGCCACAAGAUGCAAAUUUGAAUAGAUUUAUUUAUAGGCAAGUGAUGCAUUAGUUUAUUAGAGUUUGAUAUACACGUGUAGGCUGUAUAUAAAGCUUCUUUUAGUUAAACAACGUCAAACUGUGUGUAUCAGAACCGAAACACAUUUUACACAAAAUAAAGUCAUAAAACACAA